ACAGAAGAAAAUAAAUGACAGCAAGCUGGCUCCUGUCUUACUGAGGGGAAGACUCAGCUUGGAUUUCAAAACUGAACAGUGAAGUGGUUUGCAACAGUUACCUGGCUCUUGGCCUCAAUCCAGCUGGAUCAAAGUGAGACCUGAGAAGAGAUCUUGAUCCUGUGGCAGUGGAAAGACCCAAGAAUGCCAGUCAAGAAGAAAGGUGGGCUAUGAGAUACUGACCGAGCUUUACUAUUACUGGAAGAAUACUGCAGAAAAUUGAGGAAACCAGAGGAGCAGCUGUUGAAAACUGCUGUUAAAAAGGUGAUGGGUAUCUUUAAGAGCAGCUUAUUUCAAGCUUUGCUAGAUAUUCAAGAAUUUUAUGAGGUGACAUUGCUUAAUUCUCAAAAAAGUUGUGAGCAGAAGAUAGAAGAAGCCAAUCAAGUUGCAAAGAAAUGGGAGAAGACAUCUCUUCUUGCUACAGGCCAUGAUAGCCUUCAAAAAUGUACAGAGCUUACAGGUUGCAGUGGACCAAAUGAAAAUGCUUCAUGUAUUGAGCAAAAUAAAGAAAAUCAGUGUUUUGAAAAUGAAACUGAUGAAAAGACAAGUCAAAACCAAAGCAAAUGCCCAGCCCAGAAUUGUUCAGUGGAAGCCCCUGCUUGGAUGCCUGUCCACCACUGUACUAAGUAUCGAUAUCAAGAUGAGGACGCUCCACAUGAUCAUUCCUUACCUCGACUAACCCAUGAAGUAAGAGGCCCAGAACUCGUGCAUGUAUCAGAAAAGAACCUGUCUCAAAUAGAAAAUGUCCAUGGAUACGUCUUACAGUCUCACAUUUCUCCUCUGAAGGCCAGUCCUGCUCCUAUAAUUGUCAACACAGAUACUUUGGACACAAUUCCUUAUGUCAAUGGGACAGAAAUUGAAUAUGAAUUUGAAGAAAUCACACUGGAGAGGGGGAAUUCUGGCCUGGGAUUCAGUAUUGCUGGAGGGACAGAUAAUCCCCACAUUGGAGAUGAUCCUGGCAUAUUUAUUACGAAGAUUAUACCAGGAGGUGCUGCAGCAGAGGAUGGCAGGCUCAGGGUCAAUGAUUGUAUCUUGCGGGUGAAUGAAGUCGAUGUGUCUGAAGUUUCCCACAGUAAAGCAGUGGAAGCCCUCAAAGAAGCAGGGUCUAUCGUCCGGCUAUAUGUACGCAGAAGACGACCUAUUUUGGAGACAGUUGUGGAAAUCAAACUGUUCAAAGGCCCUAAAGGUUUAGGCUUCAGUAUUGCAGGAGGUGUGGGAAACCAACAUAUUCCUGGAGACAACAGCAUUUAUGUAACUAAAAUUAUAGAUGGAGGAGCUGCACAAAAGGAUGGAAGGUUGCAAGUAGGAGACAGACUGCUGAUGGUAAACAACUACAGUUUAGAAGAAGUAACACAUGAAGAGGCAGUAGCAAUAUUGAAGAACACAUCAGAUGUAGUUUAUCUAAAAGUUGGCAAACCCACCACCAUUUAUAUGACUGAUCCUUAUGGUCCACCUGAUAUUACUCAUUCUUAUUCUCCACCAAUGGAAAACCAUCUACUCUCUGGCAACAAUGGCACUUUAGAAUACAAAACCUCCCUGCCGCCCAUCUCUCCAGGAAGGUACUCACCAAUUCCAAAGCACAUGCUUGUUGAAGACGAUUACACAAGGCCUCCGGAACCAGUUUACAGCACUGUGAACAAACUGUGUGAUAAGCCUGCUUCUCCCAGGCACUAUUCCCCUGUUGAGUGUGACAAAAGCUUCCUUCUCUCAACUCCCUACCCCCACUACCACCUAGGCCUGCUCCCUGACUCUGAGAUGACCAGUCAUUCCCAACAUAGCACUGCAACCCGUCAGCCUUCAGUGACUCUCCAACGGGCCAUCUCCCUGGAAGGGGAGCCCCGCAAGGUGGUCCUGCACAAAGGCUCCACUGGCCUGGGCUUCAACAUUGUGGGCGGGGAAGAUGGAGAAGGUAUUUUUGUAUCCUUCAUUCUGGCCGGUGGACCAGCAGACCUGAGUGGGGAGCUCCAGAGAGGAGACCAGAUCCUAUCGGUGAAUGGCAUUGACCUCCGUGGUGCAUCCCAUGAACAGGCAGCUGCUGCGCUAAAGGGGGCUGGACAGACGGUGACAAUUAUAGCACAAUAUCAACCUGAAGAUUACGCUCGAUUUGAGGCCAAAAUCCAUGACCUACGAGAGCAGAUGAUGAACCACAGUAUGAGCUCCGGGUCUGGGUCCCUGCGAACCAAUCAGAAACGCUCCCUCUACGUCAGAGCCAUGUUUGACUAUGACAAGAGCAAGGACAGUGGGCUGCCAAGUCAAGGACUUAGUUUUAAAUAUGGAGAUAUUCUCCAUGUUAUCAACGCCUCUGACGAUGAGUGGUGGCAAGCCAGGAGAGUCACUCUGGAGGGCGACAGUGAGGAGAUGGGGGUCAUCCCCAGCAAGCGGAGGGUGGAAAGAAAGGAACGUGCCCGAUUGAAGACAGUGAAGUUUAAUGCCAAACCUGGAGUGAUUGAUUCAAAAGGGUCAUUCAAUGACAAGCGUAAAAAGAGCUUCAUCUUUUCACGAAAAUUCCCAUUCUACAAGAACAAGGAGCAGAGUGAGCAGGAAACCAGUGAUCCUGAACGAGGGCAAGAAGACCUCAUUCUUUCCUACGAGCCUGUCACAAGACAGGAAAUAAACUAUACCCGACCAGUGAUUAUCCUGGGCCCGAUGAAGGAUCGGAUCAAUGAUGACUUGAUAUCUGAAUUCCCUGAUAAAUUUGGCUCCUGUGUGCCUCAUACUACAAGGCCAAAGCGUGACUACGAAGUGGAUGGCAGAGACUAUCACUUUGUCAUUUCCAGAGAACAAAUGGAAAAAGAUAUCCAAGAGCACAAGUUUAUAGAAGCCGGCCAGUACAAUGACAAUUUAUAUGGAACCAGUGUGCAGUCUGUGAGAUUUGUAGCAGAAAGAGGCAAACACUGUAUACUUGACGUAUCAGGAAAUGCUAUCAAGCGGUUACAAGUUGCCCAGCUCUAUCCCAUUGCCAUCUUCAUUAAGCCCAAGUCUCUGGAACCUCUGAUGGAGAUGAAUAAGCGUCUAACAGAGGAACAAGCCAAGAAAACCUAUGAUCGGGCGAUUAAGCUAGAACAAGAAUUUGGAGAAUAUUUUACAGCUAUUGUCCAAGGAGACACCUUAGAAGAUAUAUAUAACCAAUGCAAGCUUGUUAUUGAAGAGCAGUCUGGGCCUUUCAUCUGGAUUCCCUCCAAGGAAAAGUUAUAAAUUAGCUACUGCGCCUCUGACAACAACAGAAGAGCAUUUAGAAAAACAAAAUAUAUAUAAUAUACUACUCGGAGGCUUUUAUGUUUUUGUUGCAUUUAUGUUUUUGCAGUCAAUGUGAAUUCUUAUGAAUGUACAACACAAACUGUAUGAAGCCAUGAAGGAAACGGAGGGGCCAAAGGGUGGGACAGAAGAGACAUUGCAGUAUGCAGGAAGGCUUUGGUUUGCUCAAAGUACCAGGUGUAGGGAUGAACCUCUGAUGGGCUUUCUGCCCAAGAGAUGGGAGCCUCCUCACCCCAGCAGAUGUCCAGAGCUGAUUUAGCUGCUGAGCUCUCUGUGUUUUUUGCUUUAAAGAAAAUUUGCCAGCACUCGAACCUCACCAACCUUCCCAUUACCCACAUCUGUAAUUGGUACACUUCGAAUUUUAUAACUAUGCACAUCCUUUGAUUUCUUAACAAGCAAAUGAAAGAAAGAAGGAAAAAAGAAAGAAAUCCCUCUGGAGACGGCAUACUAUCAGGGAAGGAUAAGUGUGUAGUUUUUUUGACUGGCGUCUGCAAAGACAAGCAUUUCAUAAAAUUUGCAAGUGUAUGGAGGACUAACCUUACUGAGAGGAGGGGAUUCCACCUGGGAUUAGCUUUAUAAUUGUUGAUUGUCUAUUUUGCCAUUUAUAAACUGAAAGAAGGCACUAAAGAUAAGAAUAAUUUAUACAAUAAAAAUAUAUUAAAUGUAUAGAUACAAAUUUCUAUAGGUUAAAAAAGUUUUGUGAACUAUUUUGUAAAGACUAAUUAAUUGAAAGACUAAAUGUAUGCACUAUCAGCAGAUGAUCAAAUUCAAGAACUGAAAGUUGCACUCUCCCUUUUGUUGCCAAUGAUCCAUUAAGAGCAUCUGAGUUCCUUCCAAGUCUGAGAAAGACUUCUUCCUUGCUUACCUCCCAUGAUCUCCCUUCCACAUUAGUGAUACACUCUCAUGGAGCACAUCCCUUAAUGAGUUGCCCUGGUGGAUUUUUUGGAAGACAUUUGGUUAAUGCAUUUUUAAGCCAAUGGCUUUUCAGAGAAAGACUCACGCAAAUGAUCUAAAAAGAAGUUUUUGCUUUUCUCUGGUUAAAUAACGUGGGCCUACCAUGAAAUAGUUGAAUAGUAUUGUUCCUAGUUACUUACAUACAAUUCUUAAAGGACCAUUUAGUAUUUUGGCCAACCAUGAGUAAUUAGAAUUAUUAUUUUUUGUUUCACAGAGUGAGAGUUUUGUAACAGCCAGAGCCAUUCUAGAGCCAUGGGGCGAUCUGUCUCAAGAUGCACUAUUUCUUUGAGGAAGAAGAGAAAAGAAGUAUCUGAUUGGGGGGUGAGGGAAGCAGACUUUUUUGUUUAUGUACACAGGGCAAAGAGAUAGAACUACAAGGGAAGACAAUUAAUGACUUUGAGCUCAACCAAUUGAACUGCCUUUCUUGGAGCUUCACCUGGACCAAGUUUGUUUUCUUUUUAACAAUUAUAAUAAUGAUGAUUUUAAAAAAGGAACCUCCCAAAGCCUAUAAACUGAACCAGAAGAGUUAGUUUCCCACUUUAGAGCUGGUGGCAACAUCAGCAUCGCUUUCGCCCAAGGCGUUUAGAGAGACUUUUCAGCAAUCUCAGUAACCACUCAACUCUGGGUUCUGUGCAUGCCCAGUCUAAGCCUCAUCGCCUUAUUUCUGGGGUACAUCAAGACCUGGCAGGGAUUCUGCCACACUGUGCAGCAAACCAGCAUGUAGGCUGGGGUGGGAGAGCAAGAGAUAGAGCCAUCAGAGUGGUGGGGCUUCUUCACAACAAGAACAUCAGAGCUCAGAAUGAGAGUCUCUUUCCAAAAACAAGCGUUUUUCACCUUAUGCUAGAUACCAUUGUCUGCCUGGCUGCAGUCACC